AUUGAAGCGACUGCGGUCGGCAUUCAGACUCAGCCAACUGGAUCACUCGUUUCGGUCAUUCGUUCGCAAUUUCGUGCAAACGAUAGACGUCUCUCGUGUUUUCAGAUAACCUAGUGAGUUUAUUGUGCAUCAUAAUGGCAAAACUAUCGUUUCUUGUGCCCGUUUUGCUUCUUGCGCUAUUCGUGAAGGACAGUGAACCAGUGAAUUGUUGGGCGUGUUCGUCUAACGUGAAUCCGCUGUGCAACGAUCCUUUUAAUAUCCGUAUCGACACCGGGAAUUCUUAUUUGUUCCGCCUCGAAAACUGCGACAAGAAUGCUGGAGCUACCUUUCCUUAUUUGACAGCUUCGAAGUCUGUAUGCAAGAAAGAAAAGAAAUACAUUGAUGGUGAAUUAGUUGUGAGUCGUGGUUGCACCUGGAAACGCCAGGAUGACUUCGAAGUCGGUUGCCCUACUUCCAGAAACGAAGCAAACGAAGUGAAUCUCUUCUGUCAGACCUGUGACUACGACGGAUGCAACGGAGCCGCUACCAUCGGCAGGACGAUCGCUCUAUUGCUCGCACCUCUCAGCCUCCUCUUGUUGAAGUAAAUCCAAUUCGUUAUCACCACCGUACAUGUUAAAUUUUGUUUCAAAUAAAACCUUAAAAAUAAAAAUUGUUCAUAUCACUAUUCUAACAUUGUUAACGUAAUCAGCUGUUUGAAAAAAUCUCAUCAUACCUGAACCUUAUUGAAGCAAAUCAUUUACAAAACCACCAGUCUCCUAAAAGUCAACUAACUUUAGAAUUGUUUCGCUACAUUCAUACUUUACGGUUUGGUUUUGAAGAUAUGUAUCUGGAAUAGUACAAAGUAUUUUAUAAUAUUGUAUUUAGCUAUAACGUGGGACAAUAACCCAUCUAGAUGUGCCCACCGCAAUUAAUAAUGCAUAAUAAUUGACAACAGUAAUAGCCAACGAAAUACAAAUUUGUAGAUACUAAAGAUGUACAUUUUAUUAAUAGAUAAUCAUACUUUUAACGGUAACUUUCAUUUCAAAUAAUUUACUGUUAACGUAAAUGUAAGUAGGUAUAGUAGAUAAUAAGCAAAAAAAUACCCUUUAUUAUAUUUCCUCUUUUCACUUCUUUAUAACUAACUAACUGCACAUACUUUUUUCUUCAUCUGUUUUAAUUGUUAACGAUUUUAGAGCUUUUGGUAUUUCUCUUUAUUUUAAUUUUAUAUUCAGAGAAAUUUAUCAGUAACUUAAACUUAGUUUUUUUUUUGUAGUACCUAGUUACUUUUAACAACAGCACUUUCUUAGUGUAGUUACCGACUAAUCUUCUCAAAGAAAACCGGAUAAGCACUCCGCAUUAAAUCACACAAAGAUAGGAUUUUCUUCUGUAUGUGCAUUAAAGUAUCGGAAACGCGCACAAGCAGCAAAAACUUUAACAAAAAUUUGACCGGGAUAAAAUCACUAACCAUUUGAGCAACGAAGCGACCAAAACUUAGAAUGUUGUCAUUAAAUUUAUUAAAUACUUAGUUACAUGAUAUUCUGUGAGAAAAUACGUUCACCCACCUCAUUUUUAUGAAAAUGUUAAUUAAAUGCAUCUAAUCUCGAAUAAAGAUAUUUACGAAAUAA